AUGCCGCAGAGAAACCUCUUCGACUUCGCCUUCUCUAGGAACGGCGGCGGAGUUCAGAAGAAACCUCGCUCGCCAAAUCGACAGUCCCCCACGCAGUCAUCAUCAUCAGCACCAAACCCCUCAUCCUCGUCAAAACCCGCCCAAAAACCAUCAGACCGCUCAAGUCCAUCACUCGCCGCCGUCGCAGCAGAAACACGCUCAGCGCUUCCUCAGAUCCUCCCCCACCUGCCCAACAUCAACGCCUCAAAAUCAGAAGAUCUGCACCUGGAUUACCUCCCGCCUCUGAAAACCUCAGCUUGCCCGGGACACACCCCGCGCGCAAAGAUCAAGAUCGUCAACGAGGACUCGCUCAAUGCGGCAAUCGAACUCGCUGCGCGCCGACCUGAUGGCGGCCGUGUGGCCGUGCUGAAUAUGGCUUCAGAUAUCCACGCCGGCGGCGGAUGGUUGAAAGGUGCGAUCGCGCAGGAGGAGGCCAUGUGUUAUCGCUCGUCGCUGUAUCUCAGCUUGCAUAAACGGUAUUAUCCCUUCAAGCGCCGCGGGGGACUUUACACGCCUGAUGUGGUUGUUAUUCGGGGCGACAUGGCGAGUGGUCACAAGCUUCUUGUUCCGCGAGUCGCGUAUGGCGAUUUACCCGUUGUAAGUGUGCUCAGCAUUGCGGCGAUUCGGAGACCGGAAGUGGUGAAGCGGAAAAUCUCUACGCCUGCAGGGGACGAAGAAGUGUAUGAGUUUGCCAAGGAGACAGAUCGCACGCUCACGAUGAGUAAGAUGAGGCUUUGUUUGAGGAUGGCGGCGAGUCGGGGGCACAGUCUGCUUGUGCUGGGAGCGUUGGGGUGCGGAGCAUUUAGGAACCCUCCUGAAGAGAUUGUCAGAUGUUGGCUAGAGGUGCUGGGCGAAGCUGAAUUUGGGGGUGGAUGGUGGAGGGAGGUGUGGUUUGCGGUCUACGAUCGCAAGAAUGAGGGGAAUUUCGAGGUGUUUGAAGAUGCAUUGGGCGGUCUCCGGGUUUGA